AGAGGCGGGGUCAGUAUUUGGCAGGUUCGUCCCUUGAGGGUGUGUAGAGAGAGAGAGAGACUCGCUAAGCAACGACCGACCUGCUGAACGAUCAGGAAUCCGAUCCGAGCCAGUCAGUCCGAGCUAAAACAAAAACAGGAACCACAUUAAUAUAUCUCGAGACUCUCUGCAAUGUUCCCGACGACAUUUAUUCACCAUCAACUCUGAUCUCCAUCCGUCAAGACGUCUUCUACAGAAACAAACCCAGACAUUGAUGCAUCGUUGCUGCUCCGCGUUGCUGUUUGUGUUGACCUGAUAGAAAAGGAAUCCUGCAAGAGGGAUUAGCGGUCCGUCAAUGAGGAACUACCGGCUCAUCUUCUGCCACAACCUGAAGCAGCCAUAGAUGGUUCGGUGGUUCACUGGCUAGGGGAGGAGAGGUUUGGACACACUUUCACUGCUACACGACGUGAGGUCUUGGCGGGGUUGUGGUGAGGAGGCGGCCAUGAGGAAGAGCGUGUCUCCGUUGCCUGGCAACGAGGGCGGGAGCUCGGCCAGCACCACGCGUGUUUUUGGCGUUCCUUUGGAGGAGGUGACGCGCACUCACACAAUCAGUGGCCACGAGGUUCCUGCACUGGUGAAACACAUCGUCGACUACAUCGAGGAGCAUGGUCAUCUGGAUCUGGAGGGGCUCUUCCUUGUUAACGGCAAUGCAGAGCGGGUGGAUUGGCUGCGCCAGCGUUACGACAGCGGCGAGGAGGUGGAGCUAGAGAAGGAGGCGGACCUGGCGUCAGCGGUCAGUUUGCUCCGACUCUUCCUGCAGGAGCUUCCUGAGCCGGUCAUCCCAACGGCGAUUCAGGGACACAUUCUCCAGCUACAUCAAGAUUACAGCAAUGAGGAGGAUCUGUGUAGAAACCUGAAGUACCUGCUGCAGCAGCUUCCCCAGCUGAACUACGGGCUGCUGCGCUUCCUGUGUCGCUUCCUAGCCAGCGUGGCUUCCCUUCAGCAGGAGAGCUGGAACAUCGGGACGUUGGCCGCUGUCUUCGGACCAGACAUCUUCCAUCUGUCAACAGAAGGAGAGGACCUCAGAGACCAGGAGUCCGUCAGCAGGGUUCUGGCAGAGCUGUUGGACAACCAAGACGGCCUGUUUGACUCGGAGGAAGAUGACGUCUCCACCACCAACGACUACAGCUCCAUCAAUGAACAGAUCACGGAGCUGUUGGACGAUGAGAAGUGCGAGGCCGAAUGUGAAGAGCUGCCCCAGGACGGAGAGGAGGGUCUUGCCUCCUCUGACUCACCACAACAUACACUCACCGAUGAAAGCCCCACAGCCAGCUCCCACCUCUCCCCCAUAUCCAUCCUGCCUGCUGACUCUGCUGAGAUAAUCCACCGAACCAUCAGGGCUGCAGUAGAGCAGCACUUCUUUGAUCUGAAAACCUCCAUCGACCAAGACCUCAGCAACUAUGACAGCCAAGGUGUGAGUCCCAGUGAGUCUGCAGACCAGGGUUGCCAUGGAGACGAGGAGCAACAAACUGAUCCUGAGGACAGUCCCUGCGACACAGAAGGGGAGACCCCGCUCACGCAGACCGAGCAGCACAUACAGCAAAGCCAGACAGACACACAGGAUUCAUUGGACUCUGGCGCCACCCUAGAGGAGAGCUCAGGAAUGGACCUGGAUGCAGAGGCUGUCAGAGAUGCUGAGAACAACAUCAACACUGCCAGGCAGGACAAUCAACCCUGUGACAACAUGGAGCAGACUGACACCAUAAGCUGUGAUUCGACUUCAUGCCGCUGUGAUCAGAACGCCAACACCAGCAAGACCAACAGGAACCACCUGUCGCCAUGCCAACCAAAUUCUGGCCACAAGCCCCACCUCCAGCUCUUCCCCGACAGCCAAUGGGAAGCGUCACCCCCCUCCCAUCUCCACCUCCCUCCCAUAGACUUCUCAUGUAUGCACCUGCAAAAAGAAGGCCAAGACCCCGUCCCUGCUUUCAAAUCCUGGCAGGACGACAGCGAGAGCGGAGAGGCUCAGCUCUCCCCGCUGGCCGGUCGCAUGGUUUCCCUCCCUCCACUGCUCCUGGAGGAGGAUGGCGAGGAGGACGAGGGGGAGGGAGGGCAGGAAGCCUCCCCCUCCUCUUCCCGCUCCCACCCUCACCUCCUGGCGCGGCGCUUUCUCGACUUUGGAGCCCACGGUGCCCAGCGUUUCCUCCAGCAGGACCCGGACGCCACCUCACCCACCAAAGCACAGAGGCCGCGACGAGCAUCGUUUGGCUCCAAAGAGGCGAUGAGAGGAGGAGAUUCAGUGACCCACCAACUCACCAAGAAGCUACAGCACCUGAAGAAGAAAAUUAAGCAGUUUGAAGAGCAAUUUGAGAAAGAGAGAAACUAUAAGCCCUCUCACGGAGACAAGGCAGCUAACCCCAAAGUCCUCAAAUGGAUGACCGACCUCACAAAGAUCCGCCGGCAGAUUAAAGGACGCCAGCACCACCUUUUACCCAGAAGCACGCUGAGGCACCAGGCUUUGCUCCAUUCAUACAGACGCCACCAUGCUCCCUCCUUCCCUUCCUCCUCCUCCUCCUCCUCUAUCUGCUCACCUCCCCAUCACACACUCACCCCCCCGCUCCACCCCUACUCAGGCCUGAGCUCUAGACCGUAUCACCUCAACGCCAAACACCGCGCAGAGAGCGAGCUCGGCCCCCAGACUCGUCCUCGGAGCAACACCUUACCCAAGAGCUUCGGCUCCACGCUGGACCAAGGCGCUUACGAUGCAGCAGUAGAAGUGAAGGGCCAACAUCCCACCAGGGAGGAAACACUGGAGCUGAUCCAACACCGGGUCAAAGGGAAGAAGCAGGAGGACGGCUGGCCUGACGACAUCAAGAUGACCAAGGAGCAGUUGUCCUGUGAGAAGACGGUCCUUCAGAAGAACCUGCUGCACUAUGAGGGCCUGCAUGGUCGACCGGUGACCAGAGAGGAGCGUCUGGUGGUGAAGCCUCUCUACGAUCGCUAUCGGUUGGUCAAACAGAUGCUCACCAGAGUCAGCAUCACACCCAUCACAGUGUCCCCCUCCAGUAAGAGGCGAAGCCAGACCCUCCAACCAAUCAUUGAGGGUGAAACUGCUCAUUUCUGGGAGGAGAUCAAAGAGGAGGAGGAGGACGAGCGGAAAGAAAGAGAAGAGGGAGGAGAAGAAGAAGAAGAAGAGGAGAGGGGGGCUGUGGAGGAGGAGCGGGAUGAGGAGGAAGAAGAGGAGGAUGAGGAGGAGGAAGGAGAGAGCAGCGGUGGAGAGAUGCAGAGCUCUGAAGUCAUCAUGGCCGUCGACCUCGUGACCUCGUCUGAAGGAUCAGUGAGGAGCCAGAACAAUCCCGACAGGCAGGGCGACUGUCCAAUGAGAGCCAAGAUGGAGGAGGGGUCGGGGAAGCUGGCGCUGGAUCUGCGGCUGUCCAGCUCCAACGCCUCGUCAAUGCCAGAGCUGCUGGAACAGCUGUGGAAAGCCAGAGCAGAGAAGAAGAAGCUGAGGAAGACCAUCCGAGAGUUUGAGGAAGAUUUUUAUCAGCAUAAUGGAAGAAAUGUCCAGAAGGAGGACCGGGUGCCGAUGCUUGAGGAGUACAGGGAGUACAAGAGGAUCAAGGCCAAACUCCGCCUGCUGGAAGUUCUCAUCAGCAAACAGGAUUCCUCCAAAUCCAUCUAGUCACCAGCUGUCACCGCACACAUCAACGCUCGUCACUGCUGCGAGGACCCGCCCGGGAUGUCCCAUCACACGCCAUCACACCUGGGAGGGUUUCACAAACACAUCACAUGACUUGCCAGUAGGUGGAGACUCGGACUUCUUCUCGUGCUGCAUUUAUGUCAUGGAGAAAAUUAAGAGUGACUCGCUGGUUCAGAGUUACCGUACAAUAUGUCAUAAUUUAACUUAUAUUUAAAUGUAGUUACAGGAACAUUUCCAGAAACUUUAUUAAGGAAAGUAACCUGCAUUUUAAACUACAACAACCAAAGUUACGUUUUGGUUGAGUCCAAGUUUCUGGUCGUACUUUCUAAUGCCAUAGAAACUAUUCAUCUAGCACUGACUGGUCAAACAUGAUCCUCAAGACUAACACCACUAGUGUUAGGAUUAGAGAUGGUCAUUUCUUUCUGCCCAGUAAAAAAUAAAUGUAUUUAUUAAGCAGUACAUUAAAAGAACAUGAAGACUGUUGUCUCAUGGCGUAUAGAAAUACAUUUGAAAUGUUUUUUUAAUACUUAAUUGGUCUAAUUUGCCAAAUCUUUGUGACAAAAGAAGUAAAGCUAAAUGUGCUAAAAGAACUUUUAGCUGGUUUUUGUUGUU